AUGACUCCUAUCCUCUUUCAUUCUUCUCCACAAGCUAAUCGACAUCGAAUGGUAAAACCCAACCCAAGGAUAAAUAAACCACCACCAUCGAUUUAUAUUCUAAGGAAACAACAAGAUGCUGUGGGUAAAAAAAAAGAACUUGUCGCAAAGUCAAGACCCCUUAAAGGUAUAACAUUAAUAGAAUUAAGUGUCGAAUUUUCGAAUCUAAAUAGAAAAUAUAAUGCGGUUAUAGCGUCCUCUCGAUCUUUCAACACUUUCAACACGCAUCAAAAACCAAGGUUUUUCAACCCUUAUGGUCGAUUUCGGUCCAUGCCUGUUAAACUCAGCUCAAAGUCAACCACUCUCAGCAGUAUUUUCAAUAAGACUAAUGAUGUUUCAAAAUCUACUUAUCAUUAUCCACAUUUAACCAAAGAUCAAGAAGCAUUGUCAUCAAGAACACCUCAAGGUGGAAUAAUUGACAAGUUCAACUUGACAGUUAUAAAUUUUUAUGGUAAACUGAUAGUUGAAAGAAGCACAAAUAAUGAUGACUUGCCAUCAGUAUUUGUAUAUAGUACACAAUUCAUGACCAAAUAUUUAAAUAGUGGAUAUCAAGGAGUUUCUAAAUGGACAAAAAAGGUUGAUAUCUUUUCAAAAGAUUUAUUAUUUGUACCAAUACAUAGUGGAGCACACUGGUCUUUAUGUCUUGUUGAUUUUCAAGCUUUUAGGAUAGAUUAUAUUGAUUCAAUGUAUGGUGGAGGAACAGCAAAAGGCAUGGACGAAGUAAAAGAAUAUUUAAUUAACGAAUGUCAAAAUAAGAAAGGUGAAAAUGCAAAUCUUGAUUUCAACAGUUGGGCAGAAAAUCCAAGAUUGAAGAAAGUUCCACAACAAAAAAAUUCUUAUGAUUGUGGUGUUUUUACAUUAGCUUUCAUUGAACACAUUAGUAGGCAAGCGCCUUUAUUGUUUAAUCAAUCAUUAUUACCAUAUUUCAGGAAAAAAAUAAUAUAUGAGAUUGCAUCUGGUGAAUUGUUGACAUAA